AUGCGACGUACGCUCUCUACCGUCGGCAUUCUGCUGACUCUCGCCACCGUCGUUCUGGGAGGUCCCACCUUGAAGACUAGCCGUAACGCAAAAUGCGGUGCGGCCUCUGGGUCUACCUGUCUAGGCUCGACGUUCGGCAACUGCUGCUCGAAAAACUGGUGGUGCGGUAGCACUGACGCCUAUUGUGGAGCUGGCUGCCAGUCCGGGUAUGGCACCUGCACCACUAGCGUCACGACCACUACUUCCAACGGUGGGACUUCUACUCCCUCCGGCGGAACUACCGCUCCUGGGCUCGUGAUCAGCACGGACGCCAAAUGCGGCAACGGGUUUACCUGCCAGGGUUCAACGUUUGGUAAUUGCUGUAGCAAGAAUGGCUGGUGCGGUAGGCAGAGCAACGCCUACUGCGGCGCCGGUUGCCAGAGUGCAUUCGGAUCCUGCAAAGCCGUGGCUUCGGCAUCCACCUCUUCCGCCAGCUCGUCCUCUACCGGCACUGCAAACACUCCGAGUCUCAAGGUCAGCACUAAUGCUAAAUGCGGCAACGGCUUUACUUGCCAGGGCUCGGCGUUUGGAAAUUGCUGCAGCAAGUAUAACUGGUGUGGCAGUACCGAAGCUUAUUGUGGGACCGGGUGUCAAAGUGCUUUUGGACGUUGUGAUGGCCUGGUGAGCUCGUCGAGUUUGUCGUCUACCACUAGCCACACGACCACCUCAUCUUUGACAGCUGAAUCCUCCACUAUUGCGUCGUCUACCUCGAGCAGCUCCGUGUCUGCCUCAAGCAGUUCUGAGUCCGGAUCAACUGCAACGUCUUCAUCAACCGCUACCUCUUCUGUUGAAAGCUCUGCUUCCGCUACUACAAUCACGACUUUAUCGACAUCGUCCUCUUCUACUGAAAGCUCCCCUUCCGCUACCAGUACCGAAACGUCUUCAUCGGCAUCUUCCUCGUCCACUUCUAGCCUUGCUCCCACCUCUGAAUCUGUCGGCACAUCUUCCUCGUCUACAUCAAGCGCCACUUUAGCCAGCACCACCGAUACUUCUUCAUCAACCUUGACGUCUACUGCCAGCGGCACCACAACUCUCACCUCGGACGCCACAACUGCUACAACGGCCACAUCGGACGCGACGACAAUUACUCCAUCGAUGGUCACCUCGGAUACCACGACGGUUGCCCCAGGCACAGUCACCAGCCAGACUUCGACAUUGGUGUCAACCACCAUAGCUUCCACAUCCAAUACGGCAGGCUCUAGCUCGACUGAAACCUUCUCAGCUUCCACCAUUGAGACAAGCUCUUCGACCGAGAUCCCAACUUCUACCCUGGAAACUUCCAGCUCUACUUUGUCAGCUACAUCCAGCAGCAGUGAUAGCACGACUUCCAGCAUCACCUCAGAUGUGCCCACAGCUUCUUCCACUGAAACAUCCAGCUCCACUGAGACAGUAACAGUUAGCAGCAGCAGCAGCAGCGAUGGCACGACUUCCAGCAUCACCUCAGAUGUGCCCACAGCUUCUUCCACUGAAAUAUCCAGCUCCACUGAGACAGUAACAGUUAGCAGCACCAGCACCAGCAGCAGCAGCAGCAGCAGCAGCAGCAGCGAUGGCACGAUUUCUAGCAUCACAUCGGAGGUGACCUCGCAGACUACAUCAGAGACAACGGAUAGUGCAACCUCAAGCACAUCAACAAUAACUGUGGAGACUGCAAGUAGUACCUUGGUUCCUACCACAUCGGAGACCGCAUCGUCGGCAUCUGAAACCUCGACUGCUGUAACCUCAACAGUGACUCUAUCUACAUCUACAACUUCUAGCUCCUCCACUGUUGACUCAACUGAUGCUCCAACCAUGACCACAUCGACUAUCACUGCAGAGGAUACUAGCACCCUGGUUCCUACCACAUCGGAGACCACGUCAUCUUCUUCUGAAAGCUCGACUGCUGUAACAACAACUGCAACCUCAUCCACAGCUUCAAGCUCUACUGCCACCGAGUCAACCGAUACUCCUGCCACAUCAACUGCAACUUCGUCUACCGCUCCAAGCUCUACUAACAUCGAGUCGACCAAUUCCGCUGUGACCGAAACUGUAACCUCGUCUACAUCUUCCAGCUCCACUGUUAUUGAGCCGACCGAUACUGCUUCGCUUACAUCGUCAAGCUCCACCACGGCUCCGCCAGAGACCAUCAGCACGUCAACCUCUAGCAGCACUUCGAUCUCUAGCAGCUCCACCACCACCUCGGCCGCACCAGAGACCACUAGCACGUCAACCUCUAGCAGCGCCACCACUUCGGCCGCGACAGCAACCACACACGCAUCAACUUCAACCACGUCAACAGCUACUAGCACUACCGCCUCUGCCGUCCAAACACAAGUUCUCCCCACUAUGGCCGCCUUUGUGCUCCGUCAAUUCAACAAAACCAAGCCGGCAUGCGAUUACUUUACGGGUGGAAGCAAAGUAUUUCUGAGUGGCCGCUUGAGAGAUAGCGAUAAGGAUGCAAACGGCAUCUACCAGGGCUUCGUGACAAGAUGCCGAACAGCUGCCAACAACGAAACCCCACUCCGCCAAGUGCUUGUCGUACAGGUCACGGACAAUUUUGGGUUAUGCGUUGGGUACAAUGGUCAGUACAAUGAAAAGAACCUUGGAUGCAAUCCCAAAAGCCUCAUCGAGUACAGCGCCACCUUCUCACGCGUGCCCAACGCCAAGCGCAAGCGAAGAGACAUCUCUGCCAGGCGUCCGGCUCCUCCCGGAGUCGACACCGGCCGGGUAGCCUAA